AGAUCGAACGCUCUUGAAAUUGAAAUCUUGAAACACUUUCAAAGCGUCCUUUUUGAUUAUGGCACAAAUGGGGAUUUUGGUGGAUCGGGAAGAUGGCUCGAGGUUUGCAUUAAACUACAACCAACAGACAACUGAAAAUUUGUUUAGAUCUGCAAAGGCGCCGGAGAGACUCUUCAGGAGAGAAGAAAAACUAAGAAUGUGCUUAAGAAGUGAUUAUACAGACUUCUAUGAGAGAAAAAUGGAUGAGACGGAGAGAUCUAGUGGGAGGCAAAGGGGGAGAUUCAAUUACGAUUUUGUCGUUGAGGAAGAAACUGGACUGAUCAUUGUGGGGUUAUCUUCAGGUUUCAGCACGUUUAAAACCGUAGAUGCCCUUAGAGAGUGCCUGAAUGGAGUUAGGGACGAUCAGAUAUGGCUAUUAGAAACAGGUACGCCAAUACCAGAAGAAUUCCAAGUGAUAAAUGAUCACCUUGCUCACGUAAAGAUCCUACCCAGUGAACAUGCAUCUGUUACUGUGGAGAAGUUCAAAGAGAUGCUGUGUUGUCUCAACUGGGUUAAACUGUCUAUCGAGCGGGGAAAACAAGAAAGAAAAGCAAGCAAGAAAAGUGGUAGACAGUGCUAA